AUGGCUUUCACUAGUAAAAAGCAGGCCAAAAAUAGCCAGAUGAAUGAGGGACCCACCUCAUUCGGUUCUCAGAUCAUUGAUCUCAAACUCUGCAAUGUUCUCGUUCUCAUCUCCAUUCUCUACGCCAUAAUCUUUCGCCUGAAGAUUCCCAAGAACUCUCCAUCCUCGUUAGCCCAUACCGGACAUGAAGUGACCAGCGUUGAAGCAGUCAACAGUAAUGGACAUUCUAGGAAGCAAAAAUUUAAGCUGAAAAUUUUUCAACUAUCUAAUUCAAAUCGAUCUCGAUUCAGACUGACAGUGCGAUCCAAUAGAGCCGAGUCGAUAAAGUCGCUGAAAGCCUGUCUGAUGUUGAUACCGCUGUUGGGAAUUCCUCAAGUCAUUUUCAUCGUUCCCUACCAUCCCUCAGUUGUACAAAUAUUCUCCUACAUCAAUGCAGUCGUAACCGCUACUCAGGGAUUCUGGGUCGCCCUUAUCUACUGCUUUCUGAAUGAAGAGGUUCGAAUUCUUCUUCGAAAAUCCUAUAAUAAAUUUCUUCUGCGGAAUCAUCUACGGCGUCAUCGUCACCCAUCACCAGUUUCUCGGCGGACGAGACAACGCACAGUGUUGGAAAUCAAUGGCGAAUUUGUUGAUAAAGUAGAGAAGACCUCCAGUUUCACUCAUUCUGUGUAG